CGUGGACUGAAAUUUGUACAUUUUUUAUUGGACUGCUGCAUCAGAAGAGUUCGGAUAAGUUUUAUUGUAGUUUUAAUGUUUUGGAGCUUUAAUCGGAUCUACAUUAAAAUAACCCUGCAGGAAAGACUCAGAAGUUGAAGAUAGAUAGACACAUUUGUUGUUUCUGUGUGAAUGAAUCCUAAAAACAUGCAUUUAGAAAACUAUGCUGCACGACUCACACUGAACAUCUGGACCACUACAGACGAUGGGCUGUGAUGUUGAAACAGGACUGCACACAGGAUUAAAUGUUACAGCCGAGCCGAAACUCUGCUGGUCUCUUCCAGUCUGCUUCCUCCACUUCCUUCCUGUGUGUGUUUCUCUCCUGUUCACCACACACAUCAGUUUGGACACGUAGCUGUUGUUGAACAUCGGAGAGACCUGCACCUGCAGUCAUGUCCAGGUCCAGCCGGCGGUACAAGCCUCUGCAGCAGAGCAACGGGAGCGGCUUUUUCCCCGGCUGUGACCGGGUGCGGAUGCCCCGGGCCCGGGUACUGCUGCUGUGUCUCCUCGGGGUCCUGGUGCUGGCGGUGGUGCUGGGAGUCUACCUAUCCAACGACACCAGCAGCGGACAUGUGAACCGCAUGCCAUUUGCAGAUCUGGCUAAAGACAGGUUGUCCCACAAACCCAGUAAAUGCUCUCCAGCUCAAAUCCAUCGUCUGGCCUCUCAGGUGGACGGGACGCGCCUGUGGGAAACUCACCUGAAGCCCAUCCUAAUAGAGAGGCUGCCAGGGACACAAGGCAGCCUGGCUGUACAGCAGCACAUCACCUCCACCUUGUCCUCGCUGUCUGCUGGGUGGGUCGUCGACUUGGACGCCUUCCACUCUCCAACCCCUCGUGGGAAGGUGUCGUUCACCAACAUUGUCGCCACCCUGGACCCUUCGGCCCCACGCAGGCUUCUACUGACCUGUCACUAUGACUCCAAGGCCUUGCCUCCAGACCCCCGAGCCCCAGAGAAGGUGUUCCUGGGGGCCAGUGACUCAGCUGUGCCCUGCGCUAUGAUCCUGGAGCUCGCCACUUCUCUGGAUGCUCAGCUUAGAUCCUUCAAACAGCAGAAACUUCCAGUGACUCUGCAGCUUGUAUUUUUUGAUGGAGAGGAGUCAUUUGAAGAAUGGACCGCUACGGACUCGCUGUAUGGCUCCCGUCACCUGGCUGAGCGCAUGGCCAACUCACCUCACCCUGCAGGCUCCACACACACCACCAUGCUGCAGGCUGUGGACCUGUUUGUGCUGCUGGAUCUUCUCGGUGGUCCUGAUCCACUGAUAGCAAAUCACUUCGACAACACGGCACGCUGGUUUGACCGUCUCAUUGCUGCAGAGAAGAGACUCCAUCGACAGGGUCUGCUGACAUCUCACCCCUCAGAGCAGACCUACUUCAGGAAGGACGUGUACCUUGGUCCUGUGCAGGACGACCACAUCCCCUUCCUUCAUAAAGGUGUUCCUGUGCUCCAUGUCAUCGCCACACCCUUCCCACAGUUCUGGCACACACUGGACGAUACAGAGGAGAACAUGCACCGCCCAACUGUGGAGAACCUGACCAAGAUCAUGGCUGUGUUUCUGGCAGAGUACCUGGGCUUCUGAAUGCAACACUGAAGCAUUAACGAGUACUGUUGGUGAAGGUCCACGUAGCUGAGGAGCCCUGCACACUUUAUCCUGUACUGAAUACCAAUGUGGUUCGUCACACUGGUGAUUGAUAAAUUACCAGCAUGAACCCAAACAUGUGAGAAUAACCUGGUGAAAUGAACUAAAUAAUCAACCUGUCUAUACACCAGGACACCAGCUGAACUUUACCAAAGACAUGGCCCUGCUGGACUGACCAGUCCCUGUGGUUUCAUCCAAUAGAUGAGCUAGAGCAGUGGUCUCCAACCCUGCUCCUGGAGAGCUACUGCCCUGCAUGUUUUAGGUAUCUCCUCACUCUAACACACCUGAUUCUAAUAAUUAACUCGUUAUCAAGCAGCUGAGGCUCGUCAAAGGGCUUGAUAACGAGUUAAUGAUUAGAAUCAGGUUUGUUAGAGUGAGGAGAUACCUAAAACAUGCAGGGCAGUAGCUCUCCAGGAGCAGGGUUGGAGACCACUAAGCUAGAGACUGCUGUCCAAAGGUCUGGGCAUGUGAUGUGGGUACAAAGAGUCUGAAUUAAAAUAAUAAUGAUGAUAAUGGUACCUGAGGAACUGUAUGAGUCUGUGAAUUCAAAAGCACUCUAAUGAAUAUUUUUGCUUUAUUCCUGUGAAAAAAAUACCAUAUCCUUAUACUUUCUUUAGCCCAUGAAUCAAUUGAGAUGCACUUAUGUCUUAUUAAAGACAGACUAUAAAAUCAGUUUUUGUUCUCUGAGCUAGUGUGAACACUGUUUAUGCAGUGAUAAUGGUGAAGGACAGCUAGUUUAUAUUUGUGAAUAAGUCUUGAUUUUACCUUCACUUUAAGUGAAGAUCCUCUGGCCUUACAACCUGCUGUCACUCAUUGCUAUCUGUAGUGUGAGGCUACACUGCACACUUUGUUUCAGUGGAAUGAUAAUUAGAGUAAAAAUACAUCGAGUGGUCUUUUACACCAUAUAAAAGGUGUAAUGAACAAUCUGCAAUAAAGUUAGAAUGGUUUUAUUCAGUUUCUGUCAGACUUUGAAGACAUUAUGGGAGGUCAAAAACACUGACAAUUGCUAGUGGUCUCGUUUUAUCUUUCCCACCCUUUAGAAAUCUAAUCUGUAUAAAUGUUUUGAUGCCUUGUGGAAAUCUUGUGUUUCCAGAUGAGUGAGAGUCUUUUUUUCGAAGCGUGGACAUCACACCCAGAGCUUCACAGCACAUCAGUGAGCCGCUAUGUUGAGUUGAAUCCAGUCUUAUCAUUCUUACUUUUACUGUCUGUCUUGUAUCUGUACACGUUUAAGUCAUGGUGCAAUGUCUGCUAAGUCAUGUUUUGAUAAUAAACUUUACUUGAAAAGUA